AUGGAGGCGGCCGUGCUGAACCCCGCCAUGGUGCCGGAGGUGGACUGCAACAGCAACUCGCUGAACGCCGAGCUGGAGGUGAAGAAGCUGCAGGAGCUGGUGCGCAAACUGGAGCGGCAGAACGAGCAGCUGCGGACCCGAGCCGGCGGCUGCACCGGCGGCCCGCAUGCGCUGCCUCCGUCCGCGGUGUGCGUGCUCGGCGGCGCCGGCGGACUGUGCCUCCCGUCGCCCGCCCUGCUGUCCUUGGGGCCGUUCGGUCCUCCGGAGGAGCCUUUCGACUAUUUCCACCCGCACGGCGCCGGGGACGGAGCGGCUGCUGCGGGGGAGGCGGAGGACGCAGCCGAACCGUCGGUUCUGGAUGAGCUGGAGCUUCUGGAUCUGGAUUCUCUGAGCUGCUCGGACGAGUCCGAUGAAACAUGGCUGUACGUGGCGUCGAGUUCCAGAGACGGCAGCAGCGACUCCUUGAGUCCUCUGCAGUGGUGCCGGCAGGUUCUGGACAGCCCCAGGUCCGAGGUGGAGGCCGCCAGGAGGUCGCUGUCCCUCCGGCUGGAACAAGUGUCCAGGUGGAGGAGCUCCCUGUCCAGCCCUUCUCCUCCUCUUCUUCCUCCUCCUCCUCUUCCUCCCCUGAGCCGAGUCGCCGGAGUUCCUCCCAUCACUUCUUCUUCUGCUCCAGUUAAACCCAGUUCGACCCCCCAGUCUGAAAGACACGCUCCCUCCCUGUCCUCCCCCCUCCACCCAGUCCUCCAUCGGACCCUCAGUCCCAUCUCCAAGGAUCUCUCCCCCGUCCAGGAGAGGACUCCCACCUUCCUCCCCCACCCGGCCAGCAGAAGCCGCAGCCUGCGACUCUCCACUCUGAGUCCACAGUCAUCGAUGGACGAUGGAGCGUCGGAGGCGGAGGACGACUCCAUCGCUCUGGGAUACAAACUGCAGGACCUGACGGACGUCCAGGUCAUGGCCCGACUGCAGGAGGAGAGUCUAAGGCAGGACUACGCCAGCACGUCGUCCGUCCUGGCCAGCCGCCGCAGCCAGAGCUUCAGCUUCCAGCUCAGCCAGCUCAGCGCCGGCCCCGACCUGGAGGAGGAAGACGAGGAGGACGACGAAGACUACGGCCUCCUUCCGCCACCUCCGCCGCGCCUCACCCGCCUACCGCACUCCCACACCUUCUCCAGCAUCCGAGACUGGCGAAGAAGCACCAGCUCCCUGUGCACCCCUCCUUCCACCCCCUCCACGCCCCCGUACCCUUCCGCUGGGUUCGUCUUUCAACCUCCGGCCCCGGUGCAGGGCCCGGCGCUGGGCAGCCUCUGCAUAGAGUCGCAGGGCUUCAGACCAGGGUCAGAUAAGUUGCGGAGGAGCAUGCCGAACCUGGUCAGAGCUCCCAGUAUGCCCAGUGUGCCCAUCCCCACCAAUCCCAGUGCUUCCCCUGCUUUGCUUCGUAACAGCCAGAGUUUUGAUUCUUCCAGCGGACUGACUCGACUGCAGUCCUCCAUUCCCUCCCCGGGUCAACUGCAGAACCGAGUCCAGAGCGUCGGGAACUUCUCCUCGUUGUCACGGCAGCCGCUGAAGGCCACCGCCUACGUCAGUCCCACCAUCAAGGGCUCUGCGUCCCUGCCGACCUCCGCCAGCCUCCAGUCGCUGACCGGCGGCGGCUUCGGCAGCGGCUUCGGCAGCGGGAUCCCUCUGCUCAGUAAACCGGCAAGCGGGCCGGUGACGCCCACCACUCCUCGCAGCGGCCUGCCUCGACCCGCCUCCUUUGUGGGCACCACGAGCUCCACCCCCCGCAGCAAGGUGGCCCAACCAGCACGAAGUUUACUGACUCCUCCAAAGAGCUUGUCCACCCUCAGUGCCCUUCGUGACAGCACCUGGAGAGACGGCUGCUACUGA